AUGGUGUUGUCCGCCGUGUCGAUCGUGAUGCUGGCCGUGUGGUGCGCGUCCGCGAACGUGGUCGUGCCGAACGCGACGGAUACCGCGACCGCGGUCGCGGCGGACUCGCAGCCCACUGCCGCCGCAGCCGCCGCAGCCGCUGAUGAACCCGGCGCGGUCGCGGAACCGCCGACCAUUGUGGUGUACAACAGUACCGAGGAGAACCGCGAUUCCAGGUUCCUCAGCUUCUCGAUGGGUACCGAUCAGGCGGCCGCGGCGUCCGCGUCCAGCACCAAUGCGCUGCAGGAGAAACAGGACGAGUCGACCGCCGAUCCGAGCGCGCACCUGGUCGACAUUUACACCGACUGUCUGAUGCAGCUGUCGUUCCCGUGCGUGCAGCGCAAGUUCCUGCUGUUCCUGGACAAGCUCGGCAGAAUGAAAGGUUUUAGCGUUUUGGGUGAUCUACUCUCGGUGGUCAGGAUCAAGAGGGACAUGAGACCACCACUAAACGAAACUGACCUGAUGGCCAGACUCAACACCGUGGAUGAACAGAGUGCCCUUUCUGCGCUCAUGGUACACACGCUGGACCGUUUUAUCAGCUCGCACGUACUGAGGAUCACACUGCCCUCCGGAAUUACGGCCGCGCUCAAAGGAAACGCACGUUCCAUGUCCGGAAAUACGUUGGAUAUUAACUUAUCUCGGGCCAUAGGAGAAGGAAGAGGAAAAGGCAAAAAGCACAAGAAAAUGUUGCACAUGAUGAUGAUGGGACUAAUGGGUAAGAUGGCACUCAUGGGUCCGCUUAUGAUGCUGAUUAUUAAGAUCAAAGCCAUAAAAGCGCUGUUUUUAAGUAAGCUCGCUCUGCUGAUGAGUAUGGCGCAGUUGAUGAAAGGCAAGAAAAGCGGUGGCGGAGGAUCCGGUAAAGAAGUGAUUAUUGUCCAUGACAGUCACGGAGGAGGUGGUGGCGCCGAAUAUGGUGCAGGGACCGCGGCCGGGUGGGUUUCCGGUCACACCGCAACCGGAUGGUCGACAGGUGGUGGUGCUGAUAGUUACUCCGCGGGAUCGCACAUCGGUGGAGGUGACAACACGUACUCCGGAGGACAAGACUCUUACUCUUCAGGCGCCGGAGUCGCGAGCGGUUGGGCGGGCGUCAACGGGCACGGCGGAAGCGGUUGGGCAAGAAAGUCGAUGGUCCACGAGCCGCAUUGGGUGGCCUACAGGGCUUACAUCCCGACGCCGGAAGACGAUCACGCCAGCGAAAAAUAGACCCGACGAAAUCUCCAGACCAAACGCACACAAUGUAUUAUUUCGUAAUGCGCAUACAAUUAGUAUACGUACCGUUUGUAAUAUACCGUAUAACAAUGUACACACGUGUAAUACGUAGAUGCAUAUACGUAUUCGCAUUCUAUAGAUAUAUAUAUAUAUAUAUAUAUAUAUAUAUAUGUAUGUGUGUGUAUGUAUGUGCGUGUAUGUGUGCGUAUGUGUACGUGCUAAAUUAUUAUUUAAACGUGGUUGUAUUAAACAUUAGGUACAUAAGAUUCGAGAAAAACGCGCCAAUCGCGGCCGUGCCGUCCGUUCAGAUGCUUUUGGACGGCGCGAACGGGGUCCAAUUAUUGUCGACAUAAUACACCGAUUUGUUGUGAGACCGGUUCGAAACGUUAAUAUCAUAUUAUUUACGAGAUCGCGCGCAAUAAGUGAACACCGUCGUCCGGUCGUUUCUGUUCAAUCGAUUAUAAUAUAAAAGUUUCUUUUUUGCCGUAAUAAUGUUAUAUAUACACGUAUAAAUACUAUUUAUUAU